CAUAUUUCAAAGUCGUGUUGGACAGCGGAAAUGUUUACACUGACGUCUGCGCAUUACAUUGCAAGCGAGACCCAUAAGACGAGCAGUGCUUUUUCAACCUCCGGUGCAAAAUGAGGAUCUGCAAACUGCACGGAAAGAUCCGCUUCUAUUUUAUUUUAACGGUCCUCCUGCUGUUCAUUGUGGGUGCUUCAUUAACUGCUCUGCUGCCCAAAGUAGACCACGAUGAGGUUGGUGCACUCAGAAGGGACAGCUGGCCACGUCAGCAACAGUAUUCUCUUGCAGAUUCAUUUACAAUCAUCAUGCAGACAUACAACCGAACAGACCUGCUCCUUAAACUGCUAAACCAUUACCAGGCUGUCCCCCAUCUGCACAAGGUCAUUAUUGUGUGGAACAACAUUGAGGAAAAGAUUCCCAGGGAAUUAUGGGACUCCUUAGGACCACACCCCGUCCCAAUAGUCUUUAAAGAACAGACUGUGAACCGAAUGCGAAACAGGCUGCAGUUUUUCCCAGAGCUGGAAACCGAAGCUGUCCUGAUGCUGGAUGAUGACACUUUGGUUAGUGCACCCGACCUUGUUUUUUCAUUCUCCAUCUGGAAGCAAUUCCCUGAUCAAAUCGUUGGGUUCGUGCCUCGGAAGCACAUUUCUACGCCCUCAGGAAUUUACAGCUACGGGAGCUUUGAGCUUCAAAAUCCCGAAGGUGGCAAUGGGGACAAGUAUUCCAUGGUUUUAAUAGGAGCAGCGUUCUUUCACAGAACAUAUCUGGAGAAGUUUCAGAAGCUGCCUAGUGAAGUGCACAGCCUGAUAGACGAGACCCAGAACUGUGACGACAUUGCCAUGAACUUCGUAGUCGCAAAACACACAAGGAGGCCGUCGGGAGUUUUUGUGAAGCCGGUGGACAUGAGGAAUCGCGAGAGGGAUGCAAGCAGCGGCUAUACAGGGAUGUGGCAUCGAGCAGAACACCUUCUUCAGAGGUCCUACUGCCUCAACAAGCUGGCUGAUAUCUACGGCAGCAUGCCCUUGCAAUACUCCAAUAUCAUGAUCUCUCAGUUUGGAUUCCCAAGCUAUGCAAACCACAUGAGUAAGAACUAGCCCGGAGGGUGCUGUGGUUUGUAUUCAUUCACGCUACCAAACACAGGUGCAGCCCUAGAUUGUGGAAGCUUGCUUUUUGUUAGGCGCUUCUUAACCCCUUGCUCUAAAUCUCCCCAUGGAAUUCUGCCUUGUUUCUGUAUACCUCAGUAUAACCCAGAAUUCCAUAGGGAUAUGGCUCACAAACAUACUGCAAUUUGCUUUUGUGUAUGUUGCUGAGAUUUUUUUCUUCUUCUAGUAUUCUAUAAUACAUGAAUAAAUAGCAUUGGCUUUAAUUUUGAAAAAUAUAAUAGUUGAGUAAUUACUUUAAAAAGUUGCAUACACUUUAAGGUAUGUUAACUGCAUGUAGUUACAUUGUAGUUACCAUAUACUAAUAUUUACUACCAGUGCUCAGUACACAAAAUGGAACUCCAUACUGUAGAUUAACAACAUGUAUUUAACAAAGUUAUUUUUCUGAACAUAUAAUUGUUACAUUUAUUAAGUAAUGGAAAGUGUUAAAGUACUGUAUGGCUACAGUAGUUAAUGUACCUAUGUGUAUUGAAGUGUAUUAAAAAAGCCUAAUCAAAGGAAAGGAGACCUUUGUGAAUGUAAGAAAAACAGAAAAAUGUUAAUUUGUACAAAAAAAAAAUGCUUUACAAAAUGCUGUUUCACUCCACGUGAUCAUUAAUUAUGACUUACUGUCUUGCUUCUGGGAAUUUCAUAGCCUAUUACUAGACAAAGAGAAGGAGAUGUGAUACCUUUUAUUGGACUAACUAAAUAAUAAUUAAUCACAAGCUUUCAAGAUCUCAGUGGUCUCUUCUUCAGGUGAAAGUAGGAAAGAGAGAUUUUCACCUGAAGAAGAGACCUCGAGGUCUUGAAAGCUUGUGAUUAAUUAUUAUUUAGUUAGUCCAAUAAAAGGUAUCACAUCUCCUUCUCUUUAUCUAUCAUCUCUGGACUGAUAUGACUACCAUUUCAUCUAUCAUAACCUAUUACUGUAACCCUACUAAAUGUACCUGAAAAGGGAAACCAAAGUGGUUAGCUUGUGCCAAGAAAGUUAGGUGGUUACCAUGAUGUCAGGGUAAGCAUUUCUAGAGCAAUGGGUAUCCUGUAUGUCAAGGUAGGGGAAUAUAACAAAUAUGAUAAAGAAAUAUAUUGUACUGCGCUGUGCUCGUUGUAAAUGAUGUUGGUAGCAAACUGUGAACAUUGUAUAUUUGUCGUCAGAAAAUAUUGGAUACAAGAUACUCAGCUUCACCACUAGGUGUCACUCUGAUACAAUAACAAGUAUGGGUAACGGCAUGGACCCUAAUUUGAAGCAACAUGGAAAGACUGUAUUUUAAGUGUAAAACUGUUUUUAUACUGUUAAAACUUUUGCAGUUGCAUUUGCUUUUCAUGAUACAUAAAUUACCAUAUUUAAAUAAUAUUUGAUUCAGGACCAUUAAUAAACCAUUAUUUGGGAUAUUCUAAUUGUAUACAUCUGUUUUUUUUGUUUUGUUUUUUCAAGAGAGGUUAUAAGGGAUUUCCAUAUAUGUUACCUUGAGUUUAUGAACAAACUAUGUAUAAAUUUAAGUGAAUUCCAUUUUUUUUCUUCUGUUUGUUUAAAAUAUGUUUUUCAUCCAAAACUAAGUCUUUCCUACCUGUUUAAGAUCCUAUUAAUAUGUGUUCUGUAUGAUUCUCUAUAGUAGUUUAUAUCCUAUAUAUUAUUUGUCAUGCUUACUAACUAUUGCAGCAAAAACUGCCUCGGGGAAGAUUACAACACUGAUACAUAGAACAUGUGCACCGUUUAUACAUGUGUAAUGUUUGUAGUGCAAUAUAAAUUACACUAAAUGACUGUAAUGCGACUCCAUAAUAUAAAUAAAUAAAACAGAAUGGUUUCUUAGACAAUGAAGUGUAAGGAGUUGAAGCCUGGGAGUUUCAUAUAGAGUCUUAUUGAAUACUGUGUGGUAUCUUAAAAGAAAUAGGGAGUCUGGGAAAACCUUAAACUGUACUGUAUUAAAGCAUAUAUAAAAGGCUUGAUAAGAUAAAAUGCUGGGUUUUUUUUUUUUUUUUUUUUAAUGCAAUGUUUGGUUAGUCGUGAGGGUUACUGCAAGACAUAGUUUAUUGUUGUUAAAAUGUUUGGGAAUUAUUAAAUCCUGAGAUCUGGAGGGGUAUGGUGGGUUUUUCUCUAAUAAUAAAAAUACAUAAUAAUAAUGUAUCUUCUCAAUAGUGGUUUUUUUUUUUUUUUUAACAACUUUAUUACUGCAUUAUUUGAAAGGAGUAUUUGUUUACAAGGGAAGUAUACACCAUUAAUGUUUCACAAAUAACACAGAAUGAUGCUUUGAUUUGUAUAGAUAGUUUUCAAUAGUAGUAAAACCAAAAUAAAUUUAAAUUGUUUUGUUUUAAAA